AUGGGUGAACCAUUGUUACAAGAGCCGAAUGAGAAUGUUGUUGUAGAUGAACCAAAACUUCAGCUUGGUCAAGAAUUCGAAUCAAUAGAGGAGGCCUAUUACUUUUACAAUGAGAUAUAUGCAAAGACUGUUGGUUUUAGUGUGAGAAUGGGUUCAACUAAGAGAAGUAAGGUGACUGGAGAGAUUACUUGGAAACAAUUUUUAUGUUCCAAGGAAGGAAAAACAGAUGAGACUUAUGAGAACUCAAAACGGCAACAUUCAUCGACCAUGGAGGAAAGAAAUUGCGGAAUUAAGCGUAUGGGUUGUAAGGCAAGGUUGAACAUCGUCUUUAACAAGGCAAGUAAAAAAUGGUGUAUAAGUGACUUCGAGGAGGCUCAUACACAUGAACUUACAACCCCCAAAAGAGUACAUUUAUUACCAUCACACCGCAAGCUUACAAAGGCAAAGAAGUGUCUUAUGGAAAAGCUAAGUAGUGUUAAUGUUCGAACAAGUCAGCAAUUCAAAAUAAUGGAGACUGUGGCAGGUGGUAUACAAAAUGUUGGGUGUAUUGUCAGAGAUUUGAGAAACUUUGAAAGAGAUUCAAGGGAAGAAGUGAAGGGACAUGAUGCAACUAUGCUACUUGAGUACUUAGAGUCAGAAAAGGAAAAGAAGCCAUCCUUUUAUUUUGAAGUUGACCGAGAUGAAGAAAAUAGAUUGAAUCGUUGCUUUUGGGCUGAUCCUACCUCAAAAAAAGCAUAUUAUUUCUUUAACGAUGUAGUUGUGUUUGAUACUACGUACAACACAAACAAAUAUCGUAUGAUCUUUGCUCCAAUCACAGGCGUCAACCAUCAUGGCCAGACAAUUGUAUUUGGUUGUGGACUUUUAAGUGAUGAGAAAACUGAGUCUUUUAUUUGGUUACUGGAACAAUGGUUGAAAUCUAUGCCUAGUGGUCCACCGAAAGUUAUAAUUACUGAUCAAGAUCCAACAAUUGCAAAAGCCAUCGCUCAAGUUCUUCCACUUACACUCCACCGUUUUUGUCUUUGGCAUAUCAUGUUUAAAUUUCGAGAUAAGCUUGGUCCUGUGAUUGCUCAAAGUUAUUAUGGACUCUUCAAAGCCAGUGUAUAUAACUCUAAGACUAAAGAAGAAUUUGAAGCUAGUUGGAAGAAUGCUGUGCAACAAAGCAAACAAGAAAAUCAUGCGUGGUUGAACACAAUGUAUGAACUACGAAGUAAAUGGAUCCCUGCAUUUUGCAAUCACAUCUUCCAUGCAGGUAUGCAAAGUAGUCAAAGAGUUGAAAGUAACCACUCAUUCUUCAAAUCAUUUGUUUCAGUGAACAAUUCUUUAUUGGAUUUUGCUACAAGGAUUAAACGGGGACUUAGACAACAAAGGCAUGAAGAACUGAUUCGUGAUCAUGUUGAUAGUAAUGAAAUUCCAAAGACAAGGACUUACUAUCCCAUAGAAAAGCAAAUGCGUGAGGUGUACACAAAAGAAAUAUUUUUGAGGUUUCAAGAUGAGGUUGUCAAAAGCACUGCUUACUUGAAAUGUGAAACUUUGAAGGAGGAUGAAAAUGAAUGUGUCUAUAAUGUUUUAAGGGCUGCAGAUGAUGAACAAAGCUGGAAAUUGCGACAAAUUGUUCAUGACAAAGUAUCUGGUUUUGCCAAGUGUAGUUGUGGAGGCUUUGAGGUUGAAGGAAUUGCAUGUAGGCAUAUCAUUUUCUUUUUUCGAAGUAUGAAGAUGGUACAUUUGCCAAGUGAAUACAUCUUAGAUAGGUGGACAAAAAAUGCAAAAGUUGGAAGAGUUUGGGAUGAUGAUGGUGUCGAAGUGAAAGAUGUGGGUGAUAAGUCAUUGAUGAUGAGAUACAUUCAGUUAUCUCAACUUUCACAAGCUGUAAUUGAUGAGGCGUCUCUUUCAUCAGAAACAACAAAAUAUUGCACAGAUGGACUCCAUUCGCUUCGUCUUGGUAUUAAAGAACUUCUCUAA